AUGACAUCGUUGCCCCCAUCAAAACGCGCCAAAACCAGCGACAGCAGUCUCUCCCUCGCUUCCUCACACUCCCUCAUCCUCGAACUCUCCAAAAUCCACUCCAUAAACGCACGCGCCAUCGCUCGUCAUAUCGCUCGGCAGCCUCCUCCUCCACGUCCUAUCACACCCCCUGUCGACUACCGUCAUCUGGAGCCCAAUGUCCUAUCCAUCGUCGCCCUCUACGCUGGCAAAAACCUCGGGGAGCAUGAAGCGGUCCGCGGUUUGCAAGAUAUUGAGCGAGAGCUCGAAGAUGCAGCCCGGACGGUACUGGGAUGCUCUAUGGAUGCUAGUCAGCGGGCGGCACGCGAGCAGGGCAUCUCCACCCUCUGCGAGAUAGCCAAGAGCUUGCACGAGGCUGAUCAGGAUCCAGGGACAUUGCAGGGCAGGCUGGGACCGGCGGUGAAGAAGUACUUGGUCAUUGGGGGCGUGAACAAGAUCGUAGGGAGGAUGGAGAAGAGGGAGGAGACCUUGCGCAAUGCGAUGACAAGUAUCAGGGAAUCCAACCAGAAGGCGGGCGGGGUGUUUGCAGAGGUGCUGGAUGAGUUGGAUGGCACUUUUACGAGUACGUCGGACGAGGAAGAAGAGGAAGGGGACAGCGAGGAUGAUGACGAGGGAGGACAGCCCACGAUCCGAUUAGCUGCGUCGAAAGAUCCUGUAGGGAAUGAGGGACUUGAUAGUUGGCGGGCGACCACCCAAACAUCAUACCCACCAUUGUGGACUUCGUUGCACAACAACCUCCUCCCCCUCCACCUGCGCCGCCUCGAUCUCAUCAAGUCCUGCUUGCACGAAAUGAUUUCGGAAAAUGGAUUCUCCCCUGGCUACCCGCGCGAGGCUUACAUGGUGGCGGACGACGUCGCAGGUGUCGUGUCCGGGACGGCCGAUGAGAUUAUCAAGCGUUGCGCCAAGUCAAAGCACUCGCAGGCAGGGGAGGGCGCGGUCCUGGCGCUGGUGGAGCUGGGAGAGGCUAUGCUCGUCUGCGAUGAGCAGAUGUUGGAACGCUUCGUAGAGGAGUCGUUCCGGGACGCAAUCGCGGAGCCGGCGAGGCGGCUGUUGGAGAUAAUGUGGGACAGGGGAGAUGAUCUCACCUCUGCGCUGGAGGCGCUCGAAGGGUUGGUGAUGGACACGGUGUUUGAAUAUCUGUUAGAUGACCUGUUUGGGGAGUACAAAGAUCGGGAAGCGAGCUCGGGCGAGGAAGAGGGAUCAGUGCAAAUCUUGUAG